AUGCUGACGCGCACCAUCUACCUGUCGCUGGACCCGUAUCAGUGGGGGCGGCGGCGCAGCAGCUUGGAAACUGCCGGCGAGGUCUGUCACGGUCGCACCGUUUCGCAGGUGGUUGAGAGCAACAUGCCGGCCUACCGCGAGGGCGAUUUCGUCUUCAACACCAACGGCUGGCAAGCGUAUGGCCUCACGGGCGAGGGCAUUUCGGUGUUCACCUACAUGUUUCCCCGCCAGAUCGAUCCGGCGCUGGCCCCCAUCUCCACGGCCAUCGGCGUGCUGGGCAUGCUCGGCUUGACGGCCUACGCAGGGGUGUACGUCCAGUGCGCGCCCAAGGCCGGGGAAACGGUCGUGGUGUCGGCGGCUUCCGGCGGUGUCGGGCAGAUCGUCGGCCAGAUUGCCAAGCUCUGCGGGUGCCGUGUGGUAGGGAUCGCCGGUAUCCCGAACAAGUGCGCUUUCGUGACCGCCGUCCUGGAUUUCGACGCCUGUGUGUCGCACAAAAGCCCGGACUUGCCGGAAGCGCUGGCCGCGGCGUGUCCUGACGGGAUCGACGCGUACUUUGAGAACGUUGGCGGCAAGGUAUUCGAGGCCGUCCUGCCGCUGCUCAACCCGCGUUCCCGCAUCAGCCUCUGCGGCCUGGUUUCGCAGUACGGCAACCCGUCCUCCGACGACCCGCACGAGGCGUGGCGCAACCAGGGGCAGUCGACGUUUCAGCGCCAAAACGUCGAGGUACACCAGCUUGUUGUCGGAAACUUCGUGGCCACGCACCAGGACGCAUUUCUCGCCGACAUGGCGGACUGGGUUCGAGACGGGCGGAUCAAGUACAAGGAGGACUUGUGGCCGGGGCUAAGGCAAGCCCCCACGGCGUUCCGGGCCAUGCUGGAGGGCGGCAACUUUGGCAAGACGCUGGUGGGCGUCGGGGAGGAUCCCACGCUGAACGAAAGCCUCAGGGCCGGCGGGCAAGCGAUAACGUGCUGGGAGCGGUGUCUUGAAUGGCGUCGAUCGGAUUACUCUGCGCCGGCUCAGCACAUGCUACCGAGCGCCACCAAGCGUCGUGACUGCGUAUCGCACGAGUCCAAUCGCUGUUAA